GUGUGAUGAUUUGAAUUCAGAAGUUGCUACAAAGUCAACGGUGCCAAAAAGUAAAAGUGUCUGAGAGAGCAACCCUAAUUUACAAAGUAAAUUCAAGCACAUUCAAAAUAACUUAUUGACGGCAUCUUGGAAUGAAGAGGAUGUCAAAUUAUUGGACAGAGAUUUUCCACUUUUCCUUCUCCCAAAAAACAAAAAUCAACCAGUUCAAAUUGACCAGAAAAUACUAGUGGAUGAUGUUAACUUGUUCGAACAAAUAAAAAUGAAUCUGGAACAAGAGAAGGAUGCAGUUAAAAAAGAUAUGACGAACAGUCAUUUGGUAGAAUUAACAGACUAUUGGUUGAUUCAAAAAAUCAAAAAGUUAACAGAUUAUGAGUCACCUCUGAAACCAGUUUUCCUGACCGAAUUAGUGAAAUAUGAAAUAUCGUUGGAUACUUUCAGCCCUGAAAACUCAUCUGCGAAGGAAAUUGAUUUACAGUCUGUUUACGACAAUCUCGAAAACGAUUUGUUUCUCGAAGAAAUUGAACACAUUAUCAAUUACCAUUCUGAACAUAAUAGACAUUUUCUUUCAACUAUACAAACCCAAAUCAGCAAAACGAGCACAUUUGACCUCAAAAUAAUCCAUGGGGUUGAAUUGAUCCCUGUAAAAAAACUGAAAAUUGACUAUCAAGUUAUUUUUAAAAACCAUGUUUUUGACGGAAAAUCAGAGAAAUACUUGCACGUUGAGGCAAAAGACAAAAAGUGUCGCAUAAUUUUUACUUGUAUUGCUUUUUCGGAAGCUACAAAAGAGAAAAACAUUUUGCGAGAGGUGACAUCAGCUCUGCUACAAUAUUGCGGACUAACUAAUUUGGACACCCCACUAACUGAUCUCUUGACUAAGUUUAUAUUUGAAUGCUCCGAUAAUGAUUCCAGAAGGAAACUCCUGGAGAUUCACAAAAUUCCACUUCUAAACAGUGCCGCGUUUCAACAAACUAACAGAGAAGAUUUGAUUGGCCGCAAAGUUCCGAAACACUUUGAAUCGCUCAUUGAGCAUGAUCCUUAUCGGAGGUUUCGACCCAAUGACUUCGUUGCUGUGAAGCAAACUCCCGAUAGCGAAGAUCACUCUUCGUUUUUCGUAUACGGUCGGUUCUUAAAUGUGGAGAUUGAAGCAAAAUGGGAAAUUUGCCAAUUCCCCAUUUUGCAAAUUCAAGUUGACAAGGACGAGGUGAAAAACAUAAGUGGCAGCAUUGUUUCGGCAUUCAAGGAAAAGGUUGAAAAGAAAUCAAAAUUUGACAGAAAUUUUCAGGAGGAACUCGAAAAAGAUGUCGACUAUUUGUUCAAAGUGUUUUGCACAUUCAUCAGCUUUUCCGAUUCAGAUGAUGAUGACGUCAGAGAAAAACUGGACGUGUUGCUGGAGCGAGCAAAGUUGAGUAUAUUUUCAAAAUACUCCACGUUUCCUUCUCUGGACGGAACUGGUCUUCUGGCAUCAUUGAUAAACAGAGUGGAAAAUCAGUGGAAAAAUAAAAACAUUCCCAACACUCUUGGUCAAAUAAACGAGCCAGAAGAUGUAGUGAGGUCAUUUUUUGAACAUGAUUUAGAAAAAUUGCAAGCAAGAAUCGAAAUCAACCAGCGCAAGUUCGAAGAGGCUGGAAGAGUUUUGGGUUCAAAAAAUCGUAACGAUAACAGCGUUGACUUGAUGGUACGGGGCGUGGAAAUGCUGAACAAGCAGCACCCUAAACUGGCUAAGUUAUGGCUGAAACAGGCUGAGCAGGACGCCGAAGUGUUAUAUUUUCUGUGGAAGCGUCCAAAACGGAAAAGUAAUAUGAGCUGGAUUGCGGAUUGCGCCCUUAAGAUUAUCCAGAACUCUUUAUCAUCAAUUUCCGUGCUGAACCAUGGAGGUGUUUUCGUGUUUUCCAACGAACUCUCGCGAGCUAAUCUCAGAAGAUUAGAAGCGAACUUUGAAAGCGGAGGUGAAAAGAAAGAUGUUCUGGAAGUGAUCGAACAGUUAAAUCUGAUGACUCUCCAUCGACCAGACAGAGGCCAAGAAUUGACCUCGAGGGAAACCUUGUCGAUGGAUUUCAUUAUAAAAGCAAAGUUCAGCGCAGAAAAGACGCUUUCCAUGGCUAAAAAUGUCAUUGAGAGCAGCAUACUUCUGCAAAAAAACUCUUAGGAGCACUCAGUUACCAAAACUCCGAUCGACUGCAAAUUUGAUUAAAGUAACCCUUAAACCUUGAAAAGAGACGUGCAUUCCUCAAAUAGGAUUUUUUCCUUUAUGCCUCCCUCCC